UGGGCAGCCUGGUCUAGUGGUUGGCAGCCCUGUAUGCAGCAGGGGGGUUGAAACUAGAUGAUCAUUAUGGUCCUUCUCAACCCACGCCAUUCUAUGAUACUAACAGGCCUUAGACAUCUUGUGAUUUACAAAAAAAAAAAAAAAUUCUAAAAUGUCUUUAAGUUCAAGGCUAGAUUUUACUAUAGUAAAAAUUAGAUUAAUUAACUUUACUCAAAAAGUAAAUGAGAAAUGAUGUAAGAAAAAGAACAUGAGUUUAAAAUCUUGAGUUGUGGACAGAGGAAGGAAUCUGAAUUUGAGGAAGAUUUACUUUAGUUCUUGGACAGCUGAGUUUAUAUACCUGUAAUUAAAAAAAAAGGUGAAUGUUUUGCUUCUUAUCUCCCAGUAUAAACUCAUAUUCCAGAAAGGAAAGAACAGAAGUAACUCCCUUCACCUCUAUUAUUUUUUACAGAAAAGUGAAUAUGAAGUGUAUUUUGUGUCAGAGGCCAACUGUGUUGAGUAACUGUAUAAAAAUGUUUUAUUAUUUCAUUUUUCUUUUGGCCUUUUUUAUGAUUGUUUUUUCCAGAUGUGUCCAUUCCAAAUAAAUAUCUGUGAGCUUUCCUUGGAGCAGUCAGAAACCACUAAUGAGUUGUUAUAGCAGCUGUGUCAGACUACUACCUGUUUUCAAGCAAAUUCCCAUAUCUUAUUGUUGCGUUUCUUAAAAGCAUCUAAUCCAAAGCAGUGCUGAAUAUUUUUGAUUUCAGAUGAAGCACUCAGCAUUGUGAAUAAUCAAGCUCAUGAAGACAUCUGUAGACCUUUACUAAUGUGUCUUCAAAAUGUCAGCUAUAAACACAUUUGUGACAUGAACUAUCAAAAGCUUAGGUCUUGUCCCUGUUUAUAUUAUAGAACAAGAAGCAAACCCAGAAAGAUCGCAUCCUAGGAAGACUACUCGGGGUUAGGAUGUAUUUUUCUUUUCCACUUAUUUCUGCUUCUAUGAAUGCCAUAAUUUGUAUCCUCAUUGGGUGGCUGACUUUGACUAACUGCUGUCAUGCAUAUGCUCUUUUCACUGCCACUUUCUUCUUCUUCUUCCACAGACGGCUGAAUGAGUUGCAUGCCAGAAGCUUAUUGUGAGCUGGAAAGAGCAUGAAAGUGUCCUUUCUGGCUUUAUUUCAAUAUCUUAGCCAGAUCCUGAUGUUGGGUGGAACCCGGAAAGUAUUCACAUAGAAAAACAAUUAAGAAAAUGCCAUGAACAGUAUUAAUUUGAUUUUAUUUUCUUAAUGUGAAUUUAUCUGACUCAUUCGAGCAAUGUUUAUUUCAAAGGCUCAGAAAUACUUAUUUCUUUCUCUUAAACUGAAUAAUGAAAAUAUUUCACUUGCCCUUUUUUUUUGUAGGUACUAAGCAAGCUGGAAGUAAAAACUUAUUGGUUCCUUAAAUUCAGUAGGAGGAAAUAGGUUUCAGAGUAAUGAAACAUGUUCUGUGUUGUAAAUACUGUUCCUUCUUGCUGCUUAUAAUAUAGAUUAUGUUUUCUCUUUGUAAUAAAAAACCUAACAAUAAUUAUUCUAUAAGUUAAUCUAUGAUUUAAUAAAUUGCUUGUAUACAUAUUGAUAUAGGUGAAUUGAUAGCUUCCAAGACAAAUCAAGCAGCUUUGACUGUGACCAACCAGGAAUAGAUAAAUAAUGCAUAUGAAUAAUUCUUUCUUGGCUGAAGAACUGAAGGUUGAAUUUGCUUAAGAAGACUUAUCUUGAAACAGGAGCAGUUUGUCUGAGUAAUGCUUCAGUUACAGGGUAAGAAUGUUAAUAAAAAUAUGAAUAGAUUAAUCAGUUCUAACACUUACUGCACUAGUUCCAAAUUCAGUUGUAUGUACCUUUCCAAGGUUCUUUUUAUUUGUUGUGAAAAGCAGACUUGCAUUGCAGUGCACAGACAAAGAAUUCAAAAGCUAAAGGCAGACUUUAAUGUCAGUCUUCGUGUCAGAGAAGAAUUUACCGUCUUGGCACCGCUCGUCAUCCGGAUUACAACUGCUUAAGGUGACCAACUGAACUAGACACAAUCUCUUCAGGAAUGGGAAUAUAAGAUUCUAUGUCUAUUGCUUUUUCCCAGAAAAUAGUGAAGCCUUUCUAGAAGAAGUUAACCUGCUUGUUCAUUUUCAGAUAAAUAUGUUGCAGAAGCAUGAAGUCCAAGUAUGAACUCAUUCCAUCCUGUGGGAUUGUUUUAGCAUGUAUCUGGUGAUUGAUACUUAAAAAAAAAAAAAAAGAAGUCUUUAAUGAUGUUGGGAGGAGGGUCAAACUUGAAACCGUCUUAAAACUUGGAGUUACAUUAAGUGAAUUUGCAGAAUAAUUUUACUCUUACUUGGUUUGGCUGUUGCUUCCUCAUUUUAGGAAUUAAUGGAGGUAUUAGGAAUUAUGGAAUGGUAUUAGCACAGUAUUUACAGCAUGUCUUGCUUUCUAGAGCUUGGGCUGCCUGUACUUUGCAACUGCCCAUCUCUGCGUCUGUGCCAAAAUUCCCCCAAAACAGUGUGUAUUGAUACUUCACAUGUCCUUUCUUUCUGCCUCUACAUACAGCUGGCACCGUUUCUGUCCCCUUGGCAAAGAUUUGCAGCAGAGCUGCUGCAUAGAUGUGUUUGAUACGGUUGUGCUGAUGGAAGAUGUAUUGAUGUGGAAGAUUAUAUACCCGUAAUAAAUAUAUCCUCAGCUUUCCCCUGCCGUUUUGAUCUGCAACUCUCUAAGAAGGUGAUGCUCCUUAGAACCAUUUUAUAGUUGUCUAGUGAUAUCUGAUUGUCCAGAGGCUAGGCAGUAGAGGAAAAAAAGAGGUUCCCUAAUACACCUGAAGGACUACUGAAGAGUGACAUGAAACUGGUAUUCGUGUCAAAACAAGUUUUCAGUGUUUAACCUUGCCUAUCUUUAGAAAUUGGUGUUAUAUUUGCUGGAGGUUUUCCACUGAAUAUAUUUGGUUGUUGCUUUUUCAGAGUCAGUAUGAAUUUAGAUAGCAGCACUGAUAGUCCUUAUAGUCAGAAAAGCAUUCAGUGUUUUUAAGAAAUUUAAAGAGCUUAUUACGGUAUAUAUUUCCCACCUUAUUUCCCAUCUUGUUAUUGCAUCUGGUGGCCAAUUAGAAGCCACUGGUAUGUAAAGUCACAUUGUUUUUUCCAAACCUUUGUUAGAUUAUUCUUAAAUGCAUCAGAUGUAUUUACUUUGGUACUAUUUAUAUCUUGCAGAUGACCAGAGCAAGUAAUAAAAAUUAUAUUUAAAGGUAGUAGAAAUGUUUGACAGUUGAAGUGGAUGAGAGGAAAAUGGUGGAGAAGAGAUGAUUUACAACGCUGUGAUAGAAAGAAAGCAGUUCAAGAUCAGAAUAGAUCCCAGAUAACUUGCCUUCAUAUCUGUUGGCCUAGUUUUGAAGACAAAACAAAAGGACAAUACUGUAGACGACGUUUGUUCAAACUACAUAGCUGUGACAAGAAGGGAAAGGAAAAGAGAACACCUAGAAACGGAGUGGCUAAUGGUGCCGCGGUCCUGAUCGUGGAGAGCUCCCAGCUAGACAGCUCCAGCUCCAAGGUGAACUCCAUCAAGUCCACCCUGAUGGGGGAGGCUCCAACUCAGGCAACCAACAGAUCUGCAGGCAUCCACCAGGGACUGAAGCUUGCUAGCAGUAAGAAGGGGAAAAUGCUAGAGCAGAUGAGAAAACCUCCCAAGCACUAUCACCGGCAAGGAGAGGUCUAUCCUUGCACCAACGACAAGGAAUGCGAAGUUGGGCGGUACUGUCACAGUCCUCAUCAAACAUCAUCUGCAUGCAUGUUAUGCCGGAGGAAGAAGAAACGGUGCCACAGAGAUGGCAUGUGCUGCCCUGGGAAUCGCUGCAACAAUGGUAUUUGUGUAUCAGUAACUGAAAACAUCCUCACGCCUCACAUACCUGCACUAGAUGGUCCACGCAACAAGAAGAACAGUCAUUAUGCUAGCAAGGAUUUGGGAUGGCAAAACUUAGGGAGGGCACAGUCCAAGCUGUCACACAUAAAAGGACAUGAAGGUGAUCCCUGCCUGCGGUCAUCGGACUGUAUUGAGGGACACUGCUGUGCUCGCCAUUUCUGGACCAAAAUUUGCAAGCCUGUGUUGCAUCAGGGGGAGGUGUGCACCAAGCAGCGCAAGAAAGGCUCCCAUGGACUAGAGAUUUUCCAGCGCUGUGACUGUGCCAAAGGGCUGUCUUGCAAAGUAUGGAAAGAUGCAACCUCUUCUUCUAAAUCAAGACUUCACGUGUGUCAGAAAAUCUGAACGGUAGAUAGAUACUACUAAGUAUUAAGUGACUGGUUUUCUGUAUAUAAUGCGUUACAGCAUGGUGGGAAAUGAGGACUGCAUGUGAAAGAGGAAUGGCUAAAGUGACAAGGUAGGAGUAGAAAAAAGUCACAUCAAAUGCAUUUCUUUUUGAGCUGGUGGAAAACACCAGAGCAGCUGGAGAUCUCCCACUGUGCAGUUCUUCUGUAAAUAACUCCGACAGUUUGUGGGAAAUGCUAGUAUGCAAAUAAGUACAGUGGAAAUUAAUGCCAUUUACCUUGCUGUGUUGUCCCAUGAUGUUCCAGGGGCCGGUAUAAGGGCUACAGUGGUUUUCCACCAUGGCAAUGCCUGCUAAAUAAAUUGUAUACGUUGUACUCCUAUAGGAAGCAGUGCAUUCCAGGAAGACUUGUCUGUCAACACAUUAUCAGUGAGUAAAAUAUUAUAUAUUGCAGGUGCGAGGGAUGGAAAUACAGUUACUGUGAAUCUCCAUACACUCUUGUCAUGCAGGGCUGACUCUUCAGCAAAGAAAGCACGCUUGCAGGACUGCUACAAGAGUCCUAAAUUUUGCAGGCCCUCACAAAAAGGUGAAAAUUUGCCAUCUCUUGAUUUCAAGACAGCAAGCAGUUUCUCUAAUCAGAGUCAUUUAAACAGGGUUUUCUUUCCUAUAUUUAGGCGAACUGAAAUGCUUUAUGUAGUUCAAUGUCAUAGUAGGGCACUUAAUCGCUUGUAUUUGUGUCGGUUUACUGCUAGCGUACAUUGGAUUGAACAGAUGAAACAAAUACAUGCAUGCUGAAUCCAGAAUUAUAGACAGACAGUUGCUCAUUAGUCCUAAAUAUACUUUCUGUUCCUAAACAUUACCUUCAUUAUAGACAUUUCCAAAGAGAUACUGGAGUGUUGAAUACCUAACACUAAGAGAUAUGAAAUUGCGCUGUUGUUGCUGUUAUAACAGAAGAUGUAGGUACUUAUUGGGGGAUUUAGAUUGUACUGCUAUAAACUCAAAGUUUACUCUUUAAUAGUAGCAAUGGGCUGCAGUUUGCUAUUAGUGCUAAAUCUGAUUGCAUUCUGCAGAAGCAUAAAUGGAGUUCUUUUUUAGAGGUAGCAAAGAGGAAAAAAACAGUUGGAUUUUGUGAGCACUUCCUCUCCUGCAGAAAACAAUGCAAGAAAAUAUGGUACAGCCACAAAAGACUUACUAAGCAUCAUGUGAUGAUGCAGCAUACCAGUUUCUGGCAUGUAUCUAACAUGAACUUGAUCUCUUCUAAAGAUCUUCUCUGGAUUUUUCUGUCAGGAAUUAUGGAAGUACUGGACUAUGGAAACAAUUCUACAUUGUUUGUGUAGCGGUUAAAAAAAGGAUAGUCUCCUUCCUUUGAUUUCUCACACAGUUCUUUUCAAACUUUUGUCUUGUUCACAAGUAAUUCCUUUGUAUAGACAUUGAUAAAGAGACUGAUAUUUCUUUUAAGAAGUCUGAUUCUAUAACUGACCUACUGCUAAUCUGUCAUUAUCCAUUUGUUAUUACUCAGCUUCAUAUUUUGUAACAUAAGAGACUUUUCUGUUUUAUCAGUUCUGAUCACAGAUACACCAAUAUGUAGUUUUGAGACCACGUUAUCCCGUACCUACAACACCUUUUUCCACUGACUCAUCUCUACCAGCAGUUGCUUUAAAGUUACACCUUAUGCACCCACUGAGGCUCAGAUUUCCUAAUUAGAAUACAUUGCCUUUAGACUCUUAUGAAAGAAAAUUAAGAGUAAUUCACAAGCCUCUUACCUUACUGGAGUUAUCUUUAAUUGCCAUGAGGGAGCUCUUUUGUUUUUUAGCAGUCUCAGUCAGACUUCAAUCUCACAGCUCAGCUCCAGUUAUUUCAGGGGAGUUCUUGUGUACCUAAAACAGUAAUAAGGUUCAGAAAUAGGAUAAUUUCAAGAUAUUAAAAAAGUACAGGAACCAAUUCUGCAAGACAGCACACACUCAGCAGAGGAGCUCUGUUGCCUUAAUUGCAACUACACGUACAAGAAAAUGUAACCCAGAUCGAGCAGUGGGGUUGCAGAAAUGGGCUCAGCAAUUUUUGGCUCUUCUUAUCGUUAGCCUAACCCUCCCCCUUCUCCUCUUACAAAACAUAGUUAUGUGGGAUAAUUUAUUUACAGGAAAUGUUUAAGGAGAUGUAUUUUCUUAUAGAGAUAUUUCUUACAAAAAGCUUUGUAGCAAAAUAUAUUUGCAGCCUGUUGACUUUAAUGUAGAAAAAUGUAUAAUAAGAUUAAAUAUAUUAAAUAUCCUUUCCCAUUUCUCCACAAAUCUUCUACCCAUAUUCUUUCCUUACCUGCUGCUUCAGAAGAGUAGUUCUCUCUUUCUGGAAGAAUAUGUAUACUUUGGCUGUAAAAGUAAAAGCAUGUGCUCACCCUUGUCUCAUGGCACUACAUAGGCUGAGUUGCAGUCACAUGCAUAAAGGCCAUAUUAAAAUGAUCACACGUCAUUGCCACCUGAACAUUUGAGAAUAAGAUUUGAAAGUAAUGCAUCUGGAAUACAUUCCCUGGAUAGCAAUACAAACCUGAGACUCACCGUGGGUACACCCUACAUUCAAAUUACAAUGGCAUUUUGCUAUAGGUUACAGCAUACAAAUACAUUGGUACAAGAUAUAAAGCCAGCAAAUCUGAAAUGGCAGAUACUAGCAUUCAGCUCUAAUAACACAAAAUAAUCCAUAUGGCCCAACUGAAAAUACUGCUGUGAGAAACAGCAAAGUUUUGACCCCAGAAAAAAAACCCUUGCAGGUCUCAAUAACUAUUGCCAAAUAAAAGCUGUGGUUAUUGAGCAAUGGUCUCCAUAUUCUUGUUACUUGUUUCUGGGAAUCUUUUGCUCAAACAGAUGUACACUUAGAGAAUGGAACGGUCUCCAAGUAGCAUUAGUGUCUGUAAAAAAAUAAAAAGAUUUGCUGCUGUUCCUUACAGUCUUUGGUGGGUAGUCUCCUUUUGACCAUUUUAACACUUACAGCAAACAGCACCGUAAUUAGAAAGUUGUGAGCAUCUUCAGAUCCCAGUGACUUCAAUGGAGCUUAAGACAGCCAAAGCCUUUGGAGGUUUAAUCUGGGAACAAAAACAAUAGGCACAGGCGGUUCACUGCACACCACAAAUACUGAGCAACAGAGCUGAACUGAAUAGCAUGCGAGCAGUUUCGCAAGGCUGACUUCUGAGUGUUUAGAAGCUACUCAAUUAACAUUUUGGGGAAACAUACACCAGAUUAAGAAUAAAAGAAUAGCUAAAUUUAGAGAUAAUUGCUCUCACUCCCCAUCACACUCAUCAAAGGAAUUAAGAAUGGCUUUGGCUUAGUAACAUUUCAGAAAUCUGCUGUCAUGACACAAGUACUGAAGAGAUUAUUGCUGAACAAUUCAAAUCCUCUUCCUAUUAGCCUAGAAUAGCCUCAGCAAGGCAACAUCUAUUUGGAAAUAGUAGCUUUCCAAAAAUAAUGGAUUUCUACUCCAUAGCAGCAUAUAUUUGAUUUACAGUACAUAUGUCGGCACGUAUCUAUCACUGUAUGAUUAUGUUGUUUGCAACCCAUGGUAUUUAUGAUUUAAAACUUUUUUUAAUUAAAGCAAUUAAAAUAAAUAGAUUUAUGUACUUACUUUCAACAGUGUACACCCAACAUCUGACACUAAAACACAGUUCACUGGAA